GUGACCGCAAAGUUUUCAUUGCUGGCUGAUGAGGUCCAUAACUGUUUUUACACCUUCUUCUCUAAAUAAGGAAGCCGCCUGUGAGUCCUCCGAGUGCCCGACCAAUUUGACUCCUUUGCUUUCAACAGCCAAUGAAACCCCACUCCUGCCUCCGGUCUUGGGUGACAGCAUUCAUCAGACCUCGGCCAGCCUGGGAGGACGGCAGGUUAGUGUUACAGCUGUGGCAGGCUUACCUUUGGCAAGCCGUUGAUGUCAGAGUGAUGAUGUGGGGAGGGACAGCCUCUGCGCUAUAAAGAUGGGUCAAUCAAAUAUAACUGAGGCUGCCCUUGGGAGAGCAGGAUCUACAAAACAUGGUCCCCACCAGUUUGAGUCCUGCCGGCCUGUCUCUGCUUCCAACCCAACUGCUAUCGGGCUUUAGUUUCAUGUCAGCAAUCUCUGUUUGCUUUCCAAAAAUAAGCCUCUGCCACCAUGCUGAAGGGAGAAAAACAAGAAGGGCGGUAUUUUUAGGGCCAUUAAUUCUGACCACGUGCCCAGGAGGUGAACCGGAUGGCCACUGCACAAAGACUUCUCAUCACUAUGUCCUGCGAAGCCAGCAUUCACCGGACGUUGCCUGCUUUCAUUCUCCUGGGUUUUUUAGCUGGGAUUGCUUCAACACAUCCAGUUGUAAGCAGAAGUAAUGGCACAUUGCUGGAAAGAGGAUGGCAAUCUCUGUUGUCCAGGUCCAUUGCUGGGAUGUCAGGGGAGAAGUCAGAUGUGAACUGGGAGAGUGACUAUUUGCUAGGAAUCAAGAGGCAGCGGAGGCUUUACUGCAACGUGGGCAUCGGGUUUCACCUUCAAAUCCUCCCAGACGGAAGGAUAAGCGGAGUUCACAAUGAAAACCAAUACAGUCUCUUUGAAAUAUCCACUGUAGAGAGAGGUGUUGUUAGCCUGUUUGGUGUGAAAAGUGCUCUCUUCAUUGCAAUGAACAACAAGGGGAAGCUAUAUGGAACGGCUGUUUUCCAAGAUGAGUGCAAAUUUAAAGAAAUCUUGCUGCCCAAUAACUACAAUGCAUACGAAUCAAAUGCUUACCGUGGUGCUUACAUAGCACUCAGCAAACAUGGGAGAGUGAAGAGAGGAAACAAGGUUUCUCCUGCUAUGACAGUGACCCACUUUUUACCGAGAAUAUGAACAUGAGCAAAGCAGAAGAUUACAUCCCAGGAGAAACUGUUUCAUUUUGCACAGGGGAAUAAUCUCCCAGGUAAAGUAUUUAUACUGUUCACUGAAAAAAAAAAAUCUAUAUAUGUAUGUGUAUAUUUGGAUAAAAAUAUUUGUACUAGAUUCAUCACACAGCAUAUGUAAUACUAUGCUGCUUCUCUUCUACUCUGAACAAAUUUUACAUGGCUGUGUGCCUCCUUUGGUGCUGAACAGAGAAAAAUGCAAGCUGGAGUGUAUUUGGAAGACAUAGAAUGGCUGUGGAUAAUCAUCUAAUCAAUCAUAGGUUAUUUACUAAUUAAUAUUAAUUACCUCAGAUAAUAACCUUUCAUAGUGAGCUGUUUACAUAUCAUGGGCCAAAUCAUCGGAUGACUUUGCUUCACCAGAGCUUCAAGCAGUUCACUCCAUCUGAAUAUCUGCCCGCACCUCCCCUUCUACACACUGUGUCCCGUCUCGUAAAGUCCUCAAUCUGUUUUCAUCGCUAGGGUGCCAACUCCACAACCAUUUCCACACAAGCAAACUGUCUACCCCCAGAGCCUCUCUGUCUCUGAAGGGAUUCUCAAGGGCCUCCUCACAUGGACCCGUUGGCAAAAUGAAGACCUACAAUCAAUGUCCCAUAGAAGGGGCCAUGGGAUAAAUCAGAGAUGGCUCCCAAAUGCAAAAUAUAUUUGGAGCUGAGGAUUUUAAAUGCCAACCCUUUGGCAUGUUGUGAGUUUAGUGUAGACCCACCUCAAAUAUAGAUGUGUACAUCUUUAAUAUAGAUACACAUGUAUAUAUAUAGACAUGGGAUAUGUGAGUGUGUCUAUGUAAUUACAUGUACAGACGUGAAAGAACAGAAAUAUUUAAAGGCACUGUAUUUCAUUUAGGCUUAACCUUGUUAAUCUCUAAGAACUAGAACCAGUCUGCAGGAUGCAUUUUAUAAAAUGUAUGAAAUUCAUAAAGUCUUCCAGCAAAGGUUUAUUUUAGAAAAUUUCUCUGUUUUGAAUUAUCUUCUAUUUACUGCUUUAAGCAUAUUUGGUUCUUCUCUAUCAUACCUCACUGAGGAAGAAGUUUAUACAAGCAUGCCUUCCUCUGCUGAGGCAGAGGAAUUUGUGCCAUAAUUCCAAUUUCUGUCACUUGCAAAGCAUCGGUUUCAAAGACAACACAGCAAGCUUUAUGAAAUACUCUCCAAAGCUCUCCUAGAAGCCAUACAAAUAGCGCAUAACCUUGCCUUACUAUUUUCACAACCUUUUUUCAGAUCACCAAUGAAGCUACAUUCUCUGUGCCUUUGAAAGAGUAUUUUAAGAGGCCCUAAGUCAAUAGUCACUAUAAAUGUCAGUUACCAGAAGCCUUGGGAUUCCUGCAUUGAUGGCAUGCUCUUAAAUUUGAAACUAGAUUCAAUGCAAUGUCCGAGCAUGAGCAUUUUCAGCAUAGAUGGACCAUGCUGCUGCAGAAGUGAACAUCUGAGUGCAAGAUAAUCUCCCACGUCCAGACAAAAUAUGGCUAUGUCCAGCCUUGACAUGCCAUUCUAUUUGCAGGGGGUGUCUAUUCAUGAUGAAUUUAAGCCUUUUGACAUGCAUGAAAAACACUGUGAGGGCCAGAUCCUCAGUUGGAGUAAACCAGCCUGGUAAGACUGUCAGUUUAUAGCUGCAGAAGAUUUGGCCCAAAGAGCACACCUACAAGGAUGUAUCUACAGCCAUGCUUUCUGAAAAAUUGUCAAGACAAUUGUUUUGUGAACACGAUACAGUUUUCCAGCUACUUUUGUGUGACUUAUACUUGAAUUUAUUUUGCUCAAAUGUAAGUGGUGACCACAGUGUAAAUGAAGAGAAAAAAGAAUGGAAUACUGCUUACAGUACAUGAACGGGAUGCUUUGGAUAUGGCAAAGGAAAGGAGUUACUCUUCAUUUUCUGGUUUUGCAGUAUGUAGAGAGAAGCCAAGUUGGCACACUUUGUUCAUCCACAAUGUGUGCAGCAGUUUGCUUUGGAAAAAUGUGCAUUUAAAGAGAAAAAGCAGGUUGUUUUGAGUGGGGAGAGUGGGUAAGAGAAAAGUUUGGAGAAUAUCAGACAGUUAUAUCCACCUAGAGUCCCUAGAGGUACAGACAGGAAGAGUACUGCUGUGCUGAAAUACAUUAGCCGGCAACCUGUAUCCCUGUGUUAUAUUCCUAAUUGUCUUUGAAAUGAAGUUUGAAGAAAUAUGGAAGAGUACACAGACAUAGAAGAAAUAAUAGUUUGAAUGCUGACACACAAGUUCAUUUCUGAUUACAGCUUAAACCAAAGUCCUUAGGAUAGGAUGAAGUCUGUUCACUCUUAAAUCAAUGCAGUCUAGAGUAAUUUAUUGUUGCCAGUACUGAUAAAUAAUGGGAUAGCUGGCAUAAAAGGUGAGAAUCAGACUCACUGACUCCAUUUUGCACACACUGGUCAACAGUGAGAACAAACUGUAGACCAGGUCACAAGAUGACUGUUUGGAUGCAGCCUGCUGGGCUGAGCUUGUUCUUAAAAACUGCAGACCCUUGCAGAUGCAGUUUUGGUGGGCAUUUGGAAAGCCCCACUAGUCACUCUGCUGAGUUACUCUUUACACUACUGCUUUUUCCUUAUUACAUAUCAAUGCCAAUCAGAGAAGUCAACAGUGAAAUAAAAAAAAGGUCUCCCAGUGUCAGGAAUCCUGACGAAUAUGAGAGUGAAUCACAUCAUUGUCAGAAGCGACGAUGAAGGAUGCCAUUGUCAGGAGUGAUGCCUGUGGCAGGAAACCCCUCCAGCACAAAUAGCGCAGUACUGAUGCCUUGUGGAGUGUUAGACUAGUUGGAUAUGAUACUUCGACAGACGUACUUCUUAAGCGAAUGCAUGGCUACGUUCAAGAGAGGAGUCGAGGCACACAUUGACACAUUGCUGCAGAUGUGCAAGCAGUCUAGGGGCAGCUCACAGUAGCAGAAUGCACUGUGACAGUGUCCAAGAAGUUACACCACUUGCCUGGGAAAUGGCCUGAUCCUGUUCUGCCCAUGCUUGAUUACCUAAAUUCCACCUCCUCCUCCUCAAGCCAUUAUCAUCUGCAUGGGAGAAGAAGGAUUUAGGAAGACUGUCACUCAUUUGACACACCUCAGGAUAAAUUUGUUGAGCUGGCACAGAGGAAAAAAAAAAAACCAAACCCAAACCAUUUGUAAACUGAAGGUACACGAUAUGGAGACUAUGGAGAGAAUAUGGGCAUAGUCUGGCAAACUUGCAAGCAAAACUUUCUUCGAAAGAAUAGUUCCAUGGAUAUGUGACUACGCAAAGAAAACUCAUGAAAGUAAAGUAGCUUCCCAAAUCAGGGCCAAAUUAGGAACUUAUUGACAGUUCUUGUGGUGGUCCCUUUCAGAGUAUAUCCCAUCUCAGUGUGCGUUAACGUGGAGUCAUGAAAUGGGCUACGAGCUCUGAUAGCAUUGCUGUGAGUGCCUCACGCCAGCCUAUCUUGCCCAUAUUUUGCACAUGAGAUUCUCCUGUGGAGUUGAACCUAUUUUCAAGGUUUCUUCUUCCAUAGGCAAAUCCCAUAAUAAUUUAAGACCUAAUCCACCUCUGUUAGAAAACAGUCUUGACUAGAAUUAAAUCAUGCUCUUAAAUAAUUGAAUUUUCCCCAAACAUGCAGAAAUGCAGACACACACACAGUGGAAAAGCAGAGUAUUUUUGUAUACCUCACUAACUAUUUCAAUUCCAAGAUUUUAUUUUGCACAGUAAAAUGGUGCCAAAGUUCUCACUUUUUUUUUUCACUAAAAUAUACCUCAUAUUCUGACUCAAUAUGGACUCACGAUUG